CAGCUCUCGCUUUAUCAAAUGGAUAAUCUCUUCUCUUAACGAAAAAUAGAGACAAUGUUAGGUCUGGAAUACGAAGGAUCUGAUUUCGCUUUUCUUGAAUCGAUUCGAAGGCAUCUACUAGAAGAAUCCGAAUUAUCGGCGACUAGUUCCAUGAAUUUGCCGGUGAUAAACUCCGGUGAUGCUUCGGUGGAUUGUAAGAGCUCCAAUUUCAGUAGUCUCUUCCCUUGCUUGACUGAUAAUUGGGGAGAUCUGCCAUUAAAGGUGGAUGAUUCGGAAGAUAUGGUGGUUUACGGUGUCCUCCGUGACGCCGUCAACGUUGGUUGGACUCCGUCACUCUCGGCAGAAUCAUCCAAUAGCAGCAGCAGUAGCGUGGUCAGUGAUUUGACGGUGGCUACAGUUAAAGCAGAGCCUCAGGAUUCGACUUUUGGCGGCGUGUUUCAGGGGCAACCGACGGCUUCGGCAUCGGCUUCGGCUUCAUCAGUUGUGACUACAGCAUCAUCGACGGUACCGGAGAAGUCAACUUCAGUGACGGAUCUAGCUGCGGCUCCGUCGAAGGGAAAGCAUUACAGAGGAGUAAGACAACGGCCAUGGGGGAAAUUUGCGGCGGAGAUCAGAGAUCCGGCGAAGAACGGUGCUAGAGUUUGGCUUGGUACGUUUGAGACGGCUGAGGAUGCUGCGUUGGCUUAUGAUCGUGCUGCUUAUAGGAUGCGCGGAUCCAGAGCUCUGCUAAAUUUUCCGCUUCUGCUCAGCUCAAUCGAUUCCGAACCGCUUCCUGUAACAUCGAAGAUCGCUUCUCCGGAGGCUUCGUCUUCAUCGUCAUCGUCAUUUGUAUCAGACAACGGACCGCCUAAGAGGAGGAAAAUAGGUGUGGUUGCUUCAGCUGCGGUGACAGCUCAAACAGGAUUAGAAACAGGGAGCCGACCGGCUGUGUUCCAGGCUGGGCAUCUGGUAGGUCCACUUAGAUGUGGCGAGCAGCUUUUGGUCAGUUAGUUCGAGAGAGAGAGAGAGAUGGGGAUGGGGAUUUAGCUUGGGCAAAGCCAAGCAGAUCACAUCUUCCUUCCAUGGUUCUGGGGGGUUAGUAGACAGCAAGAUUAAUUGGGGAGUGAAAGGUCUGGCUCUAGGGUGUAUAGAGAGAAAAAUAGAUUCCUACCACCAAAAAAAAGAAAAAGAGAGAGAAAUAGAUUAGAUGUAGAGAGAGGGAGAGAGAGGGGUGGUAGGGGGGGAGUGUGAAUGGGUGGAAUGUCCAUAUGAUGUGAAUAUAAAAUUAAGAUUUGUAGUUGAUUAAAGAAAUUUUUUCUAAAAUUAAGAAUCCAACAAGUGAAUCAA